AUGACUGGUAAACCAGGCACAGGUACCGGAGUUCUCGGUUCUUUCUCAUCAAACCGCUGGCAAUCAAAUAACAAAGCGUCCAAUUGCAACUCAACUGAUCUCUCCACUAGCAAACGUGACGUAGCCCCUGUCGAAGAUUUGAAUACGGAUUUUGAAAGUUUCGUUGGGAAUAGUGAACCUGGCCACAUGUGGCCUUCUCCUAUAUUCGACGCACCCCGAGUAACUGACUCAAAUGCCGCAAACUUUCCGAUUUCGCAACCUGAGGGUAACGCCGGAUCGAACCAAUGGUCCGUCUCCCAGUUUCCCGGUGCUUCCAACUCCCUGCUUGGAGCACCCGGUGCUCCCGCAGGUAACUCCGGAUCGAAUGUGUGUUGGCCUGUACGUGGUUCGGAUGGUCCGACGGUCGGUGUGCCCCGCGCAAUCACUGGUCAGCAACAGCUGAUGGUGAAUUCUUCUGCUGCCCCCGGCGCAGAUCCAAAUCGCCGGUACCCUGCUGGAGGCGGCUGGCCUCUCGGAGCAGAGACCUCCGANCAAUCACUGAUCCAAAUCGCCGGUACCCGGCUGGAGGCGGUUGGCCUCUCGGAGCAGAGACCGAUCUUCUUGCUGGGAUCUGGGGCAUUUGGUGCGCAACCAACGCCUGCACCCCUUCGGCAUCAUCCCGAGUUCCUUGCUGGUCCAAACCAACCCGGAUCACGUGCAGCAUUGGGUCAUCUUCAGUCCGGUGCAGACGGUGGUUCACUGUUUCGUGGCUUCAACCGACCAACACCCGGCCUUUUCCCAGCUGCAACCCCCGGUAAUUCCCUUGGAGCAAGACCAGUUUUGGGUGCCGCUGCAGCAGUUCACCCACUNUCCACGGCACAACUAUCCCAGGGAUCUGGGGCAUUUGGUGCGCAACCAACCGCUGCACCCCUUCCGCAUCAUCCCGGGUUCCUUGCUGGUCCAAACCAACCCGGAUCACGUGCAGCAUUGGGACCGUCUGGUUCUUGGUCAUUUCAAGGUGGCCCUGGUGGACGUGGCCCCGGUGGACCUGAUGCUUCACUUAACGCUGCUGUGACUAGCAACAAGGGUCGCUGGUCAAAUACUGGUGGCUUCGGUCGUAUGGCCAGCAAAGCCGCUCACAACACUCCACACAUGCUAUCCAAUCAAGUCGGUAAUAAUGUCCGAUGGCCGCCUCUCAGCAACGCUCCACACGUGCCGACCGGAUGGCCUGUCAACGAUCCGCGUCGACCAAGUUUGAUGCAAAAUGCCAGCACAGGUGCGGGUAGCCCCGUGGGGACUGGAAGUGGAGCUGGAGCGGGCGGCGGCGGCUGGUCAAACGAUACUGGCUUUUUCGGUCAGCCACAUCAAGUCCUUUCCCCGGCUCGGAUGAAUCAACCGGAUUUCCCUUCUCCUCUCGUCAUGCCCCAGCAACGAGUAAGCGGCUCGGGGACCGGUGUUGUGCCCACGGGCCAACAAGCAUUUAGAACCCCACAUAGCGCCUUCUACCCCACAAGUUUAAAUCCGGCCUUCCCACCGUCCUGCUCAGUGACAGCAGGUGUCAGUCCCACCGCUGUAGCAGCCGCAUCAUCCUCCAUCACAUCCGCGAAUGCUCAUCAGCAGCAACAGCAACGCCUCUUCCUCAGUCCGCAACAACACUCACAUCAAUUGCAACAACAGAGCGUACUUCGGGCCAACGCAAUGCGGCAGCUAAUCAAUAUGGGCUUCCCAGAAGACGAGGUUCAAGCAAUUUUCUCCGACAUAAACACCAAUGUGGAACGAGCUCUAAUCGGUAAUAAUGUCCGAUGGCCGCCUCUCAGCAACGCUCCACACCUGCCGACGGGAUGGCCUGUCAACGAUCCGCAUCGACCAAGUCUGAUGCAAAAUGCCAGCACAGGUGCGGGUAGCCCCGUGGGGGCUGGAAGUGGAGCUGGAGCGGGCGGCGGCUGGUCAAACGAUACUGGUUUUUUCGGUCAGUCACAUCAAAUCCUUUCCCCGGCUCGGAUUAACCAACAGGGGUUCCCUUCUCCUCUCGUCAUGCCCCAACAACGAGUAAGCUGCUCGGGGACCGGUGUUGUGCCCACGGGCCAACAAGCAUUUAGAACCCCAUAUAGCGCCUUCUACCCCACAAGUUUAAAUCCGGCCUUCCCACCGUCCUGCUCAGUGACAGCAGGUGUCAGUCCCACCGCUGAAGCAGCUACAUCAUCCUCCAUCACAUCCGCGAAUGCUCAUCCGCAGCAACAGCAACGCCUCUUCCUCAGUCCGCAACAACACUCACAUCAAUUACAACAACAGAGCUUACUUCGGGCCAACGCAAUGCGACAGCUAAUCAAUAUGGGCUUCCUAGAAGACGAGGUUCAAGCAAUUUUCUCCGACAUAAACACAAAUGUGGAACGAGCUCCAAUGGACCUUCGUGAUCGUACAUGCCACCCGGGCUUGCAGGAGGUGAUUAAGUCGUUUGCAAACAGUGGUCUGAUCCACUUGAGCUCGGGAAUGGAUGAAGGUCUUUGCUCCGACAUGGGCCGAUCAGAUAUGAUGUCCGGCGCCCCCGGUGCUAGACCCCUUGCGUUGCGUAUGGCUCAGCAAAAUGUGGUCGAAUCACAAGUAAGUAGCAAGUCUUCUCCCUAUCUCGCGAACACUUGA